AUGGGUAUAGUCGCUGUCGCUGGUGGCUCGUCCGGUUUGGGCCGGACAAUGGUCGACGCCCUCGAAGCAGCCAAGACUUACGACUACAUUGUAUUAUCGCGGAAGGCUAAUGGACCGGAGACACGGGCUGUCGAUUACUCUGAUAUUAAUGCUUUGGCCUCGCUUUUUGACUCUGAGCAGGUCGACACGGUUAUAUCCAUGCUUCCGAUCGAUAAUGAUGAGAGCGGACAAGCUCAGCUGAAUCUCAUCGAAGCGGCCGAGAGGUCAACUUGUACUAAGCGAUUCUUGCCGAGUGAGUUUGGAAUGGUCUACACCAAGGACAACAUCGCUCAUGUCCCUUCCUACCAAUGGAAGCUGAAAGCAGUAGAAGUUCUUGAAAAGACCAACCUCGAGUUCUCACUUAUCUCAAUCGGUUUAUUCCUAGACUACUGGGCUGCCCCUCGCAUGCCCACCAAUAUCCGUGCAGCAAACAUAAUCAUCGACCCCGAAAACAACGCCGCAGUAAUUCCCGGAGAUGGAAACACUCCCAUCGUCUUGACUCACUCUACAGACGCAGCGAAGUAUACCGUCUCUCUUCUCGACGUCCCGAAUUGGAAGAGCAGAUACGCUGUGAUCACAAACCGCAUGACCCUCAAUGAAGCGGUUAAGCUUGCUGAGGAGGUCAAGGGUGUUAAGUUUGAUGUUCAGUAUUUCUCUGUGGAACAGAUGAAGAGUGGUGAGAAUGAGUUGACUCCGAGUAUGAAGAAGGCAUUGCCAGAGGAGAUGCAUGGCGGUAUGAAAUCUAUGCUGGCACUAUCAGGAAUUGGGAUAGCUACAGGAUCGAAUAAUAUUCAGGGAAUUGAUGAUUUGGUGGUUGAGUUUCCAGAUAUCAAGCCUGUCACUGUCAGAGACGUCUGGGAAGCGUGGAAAUAA